AUGGAGAUGAAAAAUGAGAGAGAGAUGAAGCAUGUGUUCCAUGAGCAUCCCUUGGUGUUUGUGGAAGUGCAAAGCAGUGAAGCUGAUCCCAAAGCUUACUACUGCACAAAACUCCCACGCAUUAUCAAAUUCUCACGACAUCACCACUGCCUUUUUCGCAAAUAUUUUCUUGAAAAAAGAGAGCUUACAAGGAAGGAUUGCAAGAUCUGUUUAAAGGAAGUGAAAGUAGAGCGUGGCAGUUACUCUUGUGUGGUACCAAGUUGCAAUUACGAAGUUCAUGUGAAUUGUGCCUUGGAGGAUAAAAGAUUGUACGAGGUAAUUGAGGAAGAAUGCCGGUGUGAGGAGCUCAAUGCAGCGACGCGGUCUUCCAUCACUCGUGUUAUUGAGGAGAAUGAAGAUGGGGAAGCCACAAAGAUUGAACAUUCCAGUCAUGAAGGUCAUUGUUUGGUGCUAGCAGACAAGAUGGAGGAGGAAACUGAUAGACAAUGUGAUGGGUGCAUGCUGCCAGUCUCAACUCGGCUCUAUUAUUGUUCGGAAUCAGAUCCAUUUUUGUCAAUACACGAAUUGAAUGAAUUUGACUCGAAUUUGAGUUCUUAA